GGCGGCGCAGAGGAACAGUUGCAAUAUUGUUGGCAAUAUGAUGGAUAUAAAAAUUUUGCAGUUCUUGGCGUUGAGCGCAUUCAUGCUCGCCUGUAGUGAAGCACAUUAUCCGUAUGGCCAGCAACAUUAUGGCAAUCACAACAACAAUUACAAUAACGUGCAUAAUGGCAAUUACAAUAGCUUGAAUAAUAAUAACUACAACAACAACUACAAUAACAACAUCGACAACAAUGUAAAUAACGGCAAUCACAAUAACCAGCACUACAGCAACAACAACAAUAGCAACGAAAAUCCCAACAACAGACGCAGUUCCAACAACAAAAACAACAACAUUGACAACAGUCCAGUAUUGGCAAUAAAUUUGCCAAAAAUCUACUUGGGCGACUUCGAAUACAAGCCCACGCGUGACGGUUACCGCUUCUCUUACCAACUGAUCGAUGGUACCCGCCGCACUGAAAUCGGUUUCCUGCCCAUUGCCGCCAAUUCAGGUGCAUAUAUGCAAGAUGAACGUGCAACAGCCGAACGUUCAGCCAUACGUAUGCGUGCCAGAGCCAACUCGAAGAAUCGUAAAUUAUCACCGAAAUCAUUACAAUCGCUGGCGGGUUGAGCAAGCAGUAGACGUCGAAGAAGAAGAAGAAGAAGAAGAAGAAGAGGAAGAAGAUGCAACUGUAGGGAGCAUGGUGUAUCUGCUGAUAUGUAUUUAAUAGCUUUACUUGCGCAAAGCAGUCAUCGUCUUACAUAUUUACGAACAUAGUUGGUGUCUAUAUGUAUUUGUGCAUAAACUAUGUCAGGCGGUCGCAGUUGGCGCAGGGUAUAAUUGUUGUUGGUGUAGGCAAAAGUGAUCAGUGCGUGUGUCAGAGUGUUGUCAGUGACCUCUUGGCACCCUUUUGUGCAUUUUUCAUGGAGUAGAAAAAAAAAGACAAAAUAAAAGUAUUUUUUCAAAGUAUUUAUUUUCAUUAUCUCGUGCACACUUAAGCUUAAAUUUAAAUUUGUUUGUAUGUCAAGUGCGUGUUAGUGUUGAAAGGGUAUGUGCAUUGUUGAGUGUGUAUGAGUUUAGUUGAUUAUUCAAAGUUUUUUCUAAAACAUAUAUUUUUUAAACGACUAAAAUUUUUGUUAUUGUUGUUGUUAAGUUUUUAGCUUGUAGUUUUUAGCUAUUGUCAACUAAUUCGCCAAAAUAUUGUUUACGAUCUUUUUUAUUUAUCUUUUUUAUGACAAUAAAUUCCAAAAUGCUUAUA